ACGCAGUUAGUCUCUUGUCUUCUUGCUUGUGCAAAAAUGCAUGCGUUGUUGUCUGACAGCGACAGCAACCUCAUUGAUUCUCUUGACGAACCGUUUCCACAAACGUUUUUUCUGGUGUAGAAGCACAUCGCAGUUGCAGUGCAUCUCGUGGGAACUUCCUCCAUCAUGCCUCUGCAAUCGAAAUGUCAAGCUUUCGAGGAGAAGCUUCCCUCUCACGAUGGAUCCAGAGGGAGGAGGAAGGAAUUCUGGCUGUUAUUUCUAGCCUACAUCAGAAAGCUUGUGAGCUCCAAGCAAAUACAGAAGCUACAGGAGACUGUCCUCCCACUCCUGGAUGAUCACGAUUUCCUUUCAAAAUGUGAAGUGACGGUGUUCCUGAGCAUCCUCAGAAGCCUCGAACCCAGUCUAGGAGGAGGGAGGCAAUCCGCCGUGAAGGAGCAUGAGAAUAAUGCUACAAUGUCUCUUGCCUGGUCCUUUAGGGUGAGACUGGCAGAGGCAGCCAUAGUGAGAGCUUUUGCUGCAGCAGUUGAUGAGGACAUUUCUGCAUGCAUUAGAAUGGCUCAGCGCAUUUUGAAUUACCAUCUUCCUUCGCUAAUUAGCAUUGUGUCUGAGGGAGCGGAGAAGGCCACCAUGGAAGAGGAUCGGGGGAAAGGGGUGCUGCUGAGCAGCAGCCAUCCGCAUUCUAUGGGCAGGGUUGCUUGUCGAUUGUGCUUCGUUGCCCAGCAGCUUUGUCUGGUCAUUCGGCAAGGAGAUUUGAUACUGAAACUGGGUGAAAAAAAGGAUAAACGGGAGGGACAGACGGAAGUGGAGGUAGUCUUGAGCAAACCAUUUCACUGGUCCAGCAAUGGCUCCUGGCUGGCCCAGCUUCUUUUCCCCAUCUUGCAGUCCCGGAGCUUCACUGAACGUGUGUAUGGACUUAAGCUUGCUGCAUCUCUGGUUUUCCAGUCAUUCACUGCCUUCAUUCGCCUGCUCCCGAUGCUGGAGGCCGCACUGUAUCUGGAAGAUCAUGCCAUACGAGAAUUCGUUCACGCUGUGCUGAUGGAUAGUGUGUAUGUGCAUCACCAUUGCCUCAAGUUUUCUGCAAUCCGCCAUUUGUGUAUCCCAUUUCUUCAUGCGCCAACCACAGGACUUCAGAUAAGUGCUAUUCUGGGGUGCUCUCGCCUUCUUCUGAAUGACUGUUUCCUGGAUGACAGGGAGGUCUUGCUUGGUGCUAUGUUGGAGCGCUACAUCUGCCGUCCCGCCAGCCUGAAACCCAUGGAUAUGAAGACUCGCUUUGAUGACUGCACUGACUCACAGAGCAGCUGCAGCUGUAGCAGUCUGAACAGUAGCGUUAGUGGUAGGAGUGGUGGAAGGGACAUAAGCGGUAUGUUUGCCUGCCACUGCGAAAAGAAGGAUUCAGAAAGUUCAGUGCUAGAUCGUGAAGAUGUAGUCAACAACGAACAAGUCGUUCGAAUAAUGCAUAUGUUUUUCAAACAGUUCUCAGAGGUGAAGAGCCUUCUUGAUGGCGAACUUGCAAAUACGAUUGUGUUUAUGGUGCUACAACGAAUAGAGAGCGGCGUUGUUGAGAUCAUUCAGGGGGGUUGUGGAAGGCAGUUGAUUGUGCGGGAUAAUCCUUGCCGAAGAAAUGAAGCCAAGAGCUUGCAGCUUGCCAUCCGGUUUGCACUCACUAUCUGUGGGGAUGCCUUGGAAGCUGUGCUUGACAGCUUGGUCUUAAAUGUUGCCAGUCAGUACAAGGAGGCAGUAGAUAUCUGCAAAGAGGACUGGUUGCACUGGUUGUCCUCGACACGUCAUGAUUCAUCAUGAUCACAAGUGAUAAGCAACCUGUUGCCAGGGGUGUGUGAGUGUGUUGAGUGUGUGUGUGUUGUCAUGUUCACGAUACACAACUCCCAUAAAAAGAAAAUCAUGACUUUGCUGGACUCUUUCGUCAAACUAUUUGUGUGUGUGUGUGCGUGGAUGUGCAGGUGUGGAAACCCGAUGGGGUGGGGCGUUGUUUCAUUGGCUUUUGGGCUAUUCAGGGCAGGGGCGGAAUUCUUCUUCUCUCAUUACUUUCGACAGUGUGGCCAGGCCCUUAGAUCCCUUCCCUACCCUGAUUCAGCUAGGCUUCUGCUGUGAAUGAAAGCAGGUACUAUGA